AUGUUUAAGAUCCUCCUCCUCUCAGCUGUGAUCGCUACAGCCGCCGCGCGGCCACAACACGAUCACGACCAACACCACGGCCACGGUCACGCUAUCUCCUCACAGAGCAUCGUACUGCACCACACUCACGAGACCCAACACCCUGCACACCACGAGGAGCGCCAUGAAGAGCACCACGAGGAACAAGGCAACAAACACGAACAGAGUCACCAAGAUGAACACCAUUACGCGCAGUACUAUCAUGAUGACCAUCACUACGAGCAGUACCACCAUGAUGACCACCAUGAGGAACAGAAUCACGGAGAGCAUCACCACGAGGAGCACCACGGCCACGCCUCCUCCUCACAGAGCAUCAAGCAGCACCACGGACAUGGCACUGAGAAGCACGUCGUCUACUAUUCUCAUCCCAAGUACGAGUUUGCCUACAAAGUAGAGGACCCGCACACUGGCGACAAGAAAUCGCAGCACGAGUCUCGCGACGGUGACGUCGUGAAGGGUGUGUACAGUCUACACGAGCCCGACGGUACAAUCAGGAUCGUUGAGUAUCACGCUGACAAGAAGACUGGAUUUAACGCCAAUGUUAAGUUCGUGGGCCACGCCAAGCACAUCGUUCCCGAGCACCACAACCAACACUAA